AUGAUACAUUGUGGGAUCUGUGGCAGUCCUAAGAUCCCAAAUGUCGAAUUUUUAUGUGCUCAUUGUAUUAAUGGAUCCCCAUCAAUACUUUUAAGGGACAAACUAAAGCUAUUGUUGCUCCGCCAAGAAGUUGAACAGCUUAAACAUGAUGUCGGAGAACAGCUAGAAGCUGGAUUUGCCGGUAAUGGUCAGUUUGGCAAGCAGUUGCAGAAACUAGAUGUGUACAACGAGAAACGCAGAUUGAUCAAACUGCGACAACGGGUACAAUUAGUCAAAAAUAAGAUAGACGUGAAACGGAACCGGUACCAGGAACUUGAACGGUACUUGAAAGAUGAGGAUCAUUUCGAUAAAGACAAAAAAGUGUUUGACGUUGAAGAAAUAGUGAAUGAUGAGGCGUUGACUAUGAGUAAGCUCUCUCAAGUCUUGCAAAGAAAGCAAACAGCGUUGUUUAAAGAGCUUUGUCAAUGGUUUCGUAUCGAAAAAUGUGACGAGGAUGUUAAUAAUAAUAAUAAUGUUUCUGCUUAUACAAUCUGGGGGGUCCCAAUGAUAAAUCUCAAGUAUAGCAAUGAGAUGGACCGUGACAAGCAAGUGAUUUCUAUGAGGUACAUCCACCAAUUCAUCAACUUUUCCUUCAACAUUUGGCUGUUCGAAGGAAUAUCUGACGUUUCCAUUGAAAACGAACAAAACGUAAUCCAGAACUACUCACAGUUAAUAUAUGACACUCUAAGAUUACUACAGGUCAGAAAACUUGUGUCUGAAUCCGUCUCCAUAAGAGAUAUAUUGAUAAGGUACGAUCUAGAUGGAAUGAUAUACUAUCUCUCCAAAAGCAAAUAUCUUUCCUCACUCGACGACGCAUCGAACUCAUACCCACCAACUUUACAGAACAUAAAGCAGCUUGUAGCAUCCAUGAUACCCUCUAUAUAG